CGAAAUUAGAAUUUCCAGUUUUCACUUUCUUGACCAUAUCAAUGUCAAUAACUUUAAGAAAAUGAUUCGACUGUUGAAUGCGAUGCAUCAUAAAAGAUUGGAACGUUAUUCCAAUUGUUCUAUUGAAGCAAUUUACCAUCCAUUUGAUGCUAGUCUUCAAAAUUCAGUCGAUCCAUGUUUUGUAUAUUCAUUUACUUUGAUUGUUAAUUCGCUUUUGGGUGCUUUUGCUGCUUAUCAACUAGUUAAAUCAUUAUUUUAUAAUAGCCAUGGUCCCUUCAGAAUUCAUUAUGCAUUGGGUUCAUCGCUCAAGAUUAAAAGUGUUGGUGGUUAUCAAAUGUUAAAAUUAAUUUUAUUAUUUUUACAUUCAAUUGCACUCAUGCUUUUAACGUUUUUUAAUUUUACUUCAUUGACUUCUAUGUUGUUCUUUGCAACUGCAUCAUCUUUUGCGAUUUUCACUUUGAUAAUCUUACCCUUUCACAUCAUUGAACCAACAAGAAAUGUUACUGCAAAUUCUUCAUUAUUAUUAUAUUGGAUAAUAAUUUUGCUUUUAAAUUUGUCUGUUUUAAUUCAAGAUGUUUUCUCUGGAUUUAAAUUAUAUAUUCCUAUAAGUGGUAAUUCUUCGAAAUCUCUUGCCUAUGUUCUUGAAACCUUUUUGUUCAUUAACUCUAUGAUUGUCUUAUUUCUUGAAAAUUCUCUUUUUAAACCAAGUGUGGAAUUACGUGAUUAUUAUGCAUUAAAUGGUUGGGAAAUAUCAUCAGUUAGAAACAUGUUUUCUCAACUAAGUUUCAGUUGGCUUGAAGGCAUUAUUAAGAAAAUUUAUGAAACUGAUGAAUUGGAUAUCAAAGAUAUCCCACCGCUACCAAUUGAAUUGAAAAAUGACAAUUCCUACAACAAAUUAGCCAAACAAUUUAGAGAUAAAAAGUUGAAAUAUAAACAGACAGAUAAACCAUCAUUAUUUUUUAUGUUGAUACUGAUUCAUAGUUGGGAAUUAUUAGCGGCUGGUAUUUUAAAUUUUGCUGAAUCGUGUUUUGGCUUUAUUCAAGCAUUUUUAUUUCAAAGAUUUAUUGAAUUCUUCAGUGAGAAUCAAACUGAACUUAAUAAUCAACCUGUUAUAGUUAGUUUUGCAUUUGGAUCUGGUAUUUUUAUUUGUGCUGUGUUGAGGUUUGUUAGUACUAAUCAGUACUUUUCUAUGUAUUACAAUGUUAGAUGUGAAAUUCAAGGUUCAUUAAGUAAUAUGAUUUUCAGAAAGGCUUUGAAUUUAUCUCCCGAAUCUAAAAAGACCAAAACAACAGGUGAAAUUGUUAAUAACUUAUCUGUUGAUGUCAAUGCUAUUUGUGAAAUGGCAAAAUUGGUAGAAUUGAUUACAUCUCCUUUGAAAUUAAUCUUUACUAUGUUGUCAUUAUAUAAGAUUAUUGGUAUCUCUUCUUUGUCGGGAUUUGUUACAACCUUAGUUUUGGUACCUAUUACAGGAAAAGUUAGUGCAUUUGUUAUGUACUAUGUCAAAGAAAAUAUGAAAUAUAAAGAUAAAAGAACUAAGUUAACUUCGGAAAUCUUGUCGUCCAUUAAAAGUAUCAAAUUAUAUUCUUGGGAAAACCCAAUGUUAGAAAGAUUAUUCAGAAUUAGAAAUGAUCAAGAAUUAGUUCUUACCAAGAAAAUUGGAUUCCUUAAUUCUUGUGCUAUGAUGCUUUGGACUAUUAUUCCAAUACUUGUUCCACUCUCGUGUCUAGUGACUUAUGUAUUCGUUUCAAAAAUUCCCUUGGUUCCUGCUAUCUGUUUUCCUGCCUUAACAUUGUUUGAAAUAUUAUCGAAACCAAUUGUCACGUUUCCUGAAAUUCUCAAUAACUACUUUAACAUGAGGGUAUCAUUGAAAAGAGUGAGUGACUUGUUCGAAUUAAGUGAAUUAGAGUCGGCAAUCACUGAUCGUUCCUUUAAAGAACUUAAAAAGAAUGAUGUUUCUAUUAAGAUUAACAAUGCUACGUUUUUGUGGAGUGGAGAAUCAGAGAAAAAUUAUUCCGAUGAAGAUCAUAUUGAAUCGGAUGGUGAAAAUAAUGUAGCUCUAAAUGAAAUUAAUUUUGAAGCUAGAAAAGGUCAGUUAACUUGCAUUGUGGGAAAAGUGGGUUCUGGUAAAACUACUCUCUUGAAGAGUAUUCUUGGAGAAUUAAUCUUAGUUAAAAAGAAUAACACAAAGCUAGAAGUAAAUGGAACAAUUGCUUAUUGUUCUCAAUCUCCAUGGAUCCUCAAUAGUUCUGUCAAGGAAAACAUCUUAUUUGGUUGCAAAUAUGAUAAAGCAUUUUAUGCAAAGACUGUAGCAGCUUGUCAAUUAUUACCUGAUUUUGACGCUCUUCCAGAUGGUGAUAAGACUAUUGUAGGUGAAAAGGGAAUCUCCUUAAGUGGUGGUCAAAAAGCACGUAUUUCUUUUGCUAGGGCGGUCUAUGCAAGAGCUGAUAUGUAUAUUUUGGAUGACAUUUUAUCCGCUGUAGAUGCUCAUGUUGGGAAGAAUCUAGUUGAUCAAGUUUUAGGUAAAAAUGGUAUAAUUGCCUCCAAGACCAUUGUUUUAGCAACUAAUGCAGUUAAGGUUUUACAUGAAGCUGACAACAUUGUUCUUUUGAAGAAGGGUGAAAUCACAGAAGGUGGAAAUUAUGAGGAAGUCGUAGCUGGAAAUGAUGAAUUGGCCGAUUUGAUUCGAGAAUUUGGACAAAAAGAGGCUGAAGAUGAUUUGGAAGAAUUGGAAGAUGAACUUGAGAAAGAAGUGAUUGAUGUUAAGUCUAUUGGUUCCACCCUUCAAGAUGAUAACAUCACUGAAUUAAAUGCUUCGAAUGUAAAGGAUCACAUUGAUGUCGAUAUUCCUUUGGAAGUUGUGGAUUCAACAACUUCUUUUCGGCGUGCAAGUAUGACCUCCUUAGAACAUGAAUAUCAGGAGGAAGAUGUAGAUGAAACUGUUAUUAAAAGAACUGAGCAUGUGGCUGAAAAAGGAGCAAAAGGAAGAGUGAAGUUGGAAGUCUAUUUGGAAUACUUCAAAGCUUCGGGGGUUGUAGACAUAUUUAUUAUCAUUUUUUUGACGUCACUGUCAACAAUUGCUCAAAUUAUGUCAGGUUAUGCUUUAAAAGCUUGGUCGCAAGAUAAUUUAGAUGCGGGACAAAAUGUUUCAUCCAAGUUCUAUUUAAUCAUGUAUUCGCUUUUACGGGCAAUUAAUGCUUUUGCAACGUUUGGUGCAUCAUUAUUAUCUCAACAAAAAUCUAGUAUUAAAGCUUCCAAACAUUUUCAUGACAGUAUGGCUAGAAAUGUCUUAAGAUCUCCAAUGUCAUUCUUUGAUACUACUCCUGUUGGAAGAAUAUUAAACAGAUUCUCGGAAGAUAUAAAUGUGAUAGAUGAUCAGCUUUCAUAUCUUUUAUUGGGAGUGUUAAAGUUUGCUAGUAAUACUUUUGGUAUCUUGGCUGUUGUUGUUAUUAAUUUUCCAGUCAUGAUAUUAGUUAUUGCGGUACUCUUUUAUUUCUACAACAAACUCAGAGAAUACUAUAUUCCUUCUGCCAGAGAACUUAAGAGAUUGGCAAGUGCUAACAGAAGUCCAGUCUAUUCUCAUCUUCAAGAAUCAGUGACCGGUGCUGAGACUAUUCGUGCUUAUGAUCAAAUCAAUAGAUUUGUUAAUGGGAACAAGAUAAAAAUAGAUAAAUUAAUUUCCACAAACUUUGCAGCCCUUUCUUGUGGUAGAUGGUUGAGUAUGAGAUUGCAAGCAAUUUCAGCCAUAAUUGUUUAUGCUACGACUUUAGUGAUAUUAUCCACUUUGGGAACCUCUCAUGAAUUAGAUUCAGGACUAGUUGGGUUUGUUAUGAUGAACGUCUUAGGUAUUACUGGUACGUUGAAUGCUAUGAUUAGGCUUUGGGCAGAAGUUGAAGCUAGAUCGGUUGCCUUGGAAAGAAUUGUUGAAUACUGUAAAUUGAAAGCAGAAGCUCCAUUGGUUAUUUCUGAGAAUAGACCUCGAGAAACAUGGCCAGAGUCAGGAUCAAUUUCAUUUAAGAAUUAUUCUACCAAAUACAGAGAUAAUUUAGAUCCAGUAUUGAAAGAUUUAAAUAUUGAUAUCAAGCCUCGUGAAAAAGUUGGUAUUGUUGGAAGAACAGGGGCAGGAAAAUCGACUGUUGCUAUUUCCAUGUUUAGAAUUAUUGAACCAUCGCAAGGACAUAUUAAAAUCGAUGGAGUUGAUACUAGUAAAAUAGGUUUAUUUGAUUUACGUCAUAAGUUAAAUAUUAUUCCACAAGAUGCUCAAACCGUUGAAGGAAGUGUCAGACAAAAUUUAGAUCCUUUCGAACAAUAUACAGAUGAAGAAUUAUGGAAUGUUUUGGAAUUAGCACAUUUACAGCCACAUAUUGAACAAAUGAAGACCAAGAAGAGUGCUACUAAAGAAGAAGAAAACAAAGAAUCAGAAGAUUCAGAAGAAAAUAAAGUGGUUGAGUAUGAUACUGGAUUAUCCGCGACCAUAUUUGAAGGAGGAUCCAAUUUAUCAGCCGGUCAAAGACAAUUAUUAUCAUUAGCUAGAGCAUUAUUGAACAAAUCCAAGAUUUUAAUUUUGGAUGAAGCAACUGCUGCAGUAGAUGUACAAACAGAUAAAAUUAUUCAAGAGACUAUUAGAGCUAAAUUCAAAGAUAAGACAAUUUUAACAAUUGCCCACAGAUUAGAAACCAUUCUUGAUAGUGAUAGAAUCAUUGUCCUCGAUAAAGGACAAGUCAAGGAGUUUGAUACUCCUAAGAAUCUUUUGAAAGAUGAAAGUACUGAAUUCUAUUCGUUAUGUAAACAAGGUGGAUAUCUUAAGAAUUUAGAUAUUGAUAAGCUUUAGUUUAUUCGGUUUUAGUGAGUAUUGUUCCUUGGAGCGAGUCUCACACUAUUAAGCCUGAUUGGCAUAAGCAGGUUUUUUGUAUAAAUAGUAUUUCUCUUCGGGUAUAGAUAAUAUCCAAAAAAAUUCUAAUUAUUCUGC